AAAAAUCGGAUUUCCAAAUCGGAGAGUCUUCAAUUGAAUUAGCCACUUAUUGAAUGUGAGAUUGUUGUAAACAUUGGCGAACGGUAUAAAAGACAAACGCAUGGAGCCCAGUGAGAGCAGUCGUCAAACGGAUAUGGCGGCGGACGAAUCAAAAUCGGAGUCUGAAUCAGAGUCAGAGGCAAAUAACGAAGAGCUGACUGUCGUUGAGCAAAUCGAAGAAGAUGACAAUUCCGGACAGGAGUGCGACAAGGCGAAGGCUAAUCGGCUGAAAGAGCGUGAGGAGAGACCGCUCGUUCUGGAAGAAAGACACUCACUUUCCAUAGCCGAAACGAAGAAGCGUCGCGCCAGCGUCUACUCCAAUGAGAACCUGUUCAUACCCAAGGAGCUGGCUCGUAGUGAGCUCCAUCUGCGCAAAUAUCAGUCGGCUUUGAGCUCAUUGGAUCAAAUUAGCAAAAACAGUGAUUACUGCAUAAGAAUGCUCAAGUUUCCGGUUGGAUCAGGUCGGGCGCGUUACGUAGCCCAACAAUUGAAGAGGAAAAAAACAAAGACAGCGAAGGAUAUUCCAAAACAACUACUCGAAGAGCCGAAGUCAAAGGAAAAUGAAAAGAAAAUAAAUGAAAAGCUGUGCAUAAAGCAGGAAUCAGAACGUGGUCAACUGGAUGAUGCUCAGCCUCAGCCUCUUAGCAUGCCCAACCUCGAUGCGGAGCAUGCGGAGGAACGUCAACUGCACAGCGAUGACGAGUGCUGCAUCAUACUGGAAGACAUACUCAAUGCGGCCUUGCCCGACUCCGAAGAGGACGGCACCGAGGAAUUGAUUGAGCUCGUAUCCAAUCGCCAAUUGAAGCGAGCUGCGUGCUCAGAGCUAAAGCCCAGCAGAGCAGAUCAGUUGCUGGCGGAUAAGCAGGAGCUGUCACAAUUGCCACUCCUGCGUUGGCAUAAUCCGAACGGAAAUGAUCAGAACAUUAAAAUGGGUAUUAUGGAUGAGUUGGAGCACAUAAGUUUGUCGGCCAAUGCUGAGAUCUAUGUGGGCUUCAACGAGGUGACGACUGUGACAGCAGCUGAUGCAGCGCAGCAGGCGGAACAGCUCAAUGAGCAGGCGGAGGAAUUCCUAAAUGUAGCUGUAGAGGAAGCAACACCAGACAGCAGAGGGCAGCCAGUGGAGCCACAGCAUGCAGAAGAAGCAGAAGAACAGCAGCAACCAUCGCAGGAGCUGGAUGAACAGCUGCCAGCUGAGAGUAUGCCACAUAUUGCCAAUGCGCACUACAUGCUCGGUGAGCGAGCGACAACAUCGGGAGGUUAUCCGCCAAUCGAGGCACAUCAUUUGAUGCAGCGCAUCAUCUUGCCGCGCUUUUAUCCCGGCGAUUCGCUGCAAUCAACCAGCAACAAUGAAAAUCUGCAACAUUUUGUGGACUCGAUGGCUACAGCCGAAUAUAUGCAGCAGUGGAACAAAGAUCACUUCGAGAAGUACGCGUACUCGCGGCCAGCCGUGCAGCAACAGCUGUCACAGGAGUGGCAGGCGCAAGUGUUGCGACAGCAGCAACAUCAAACUUACUUUCAAGAGCAACACUUGGACGCGGGUCAGAAGGAGUUGCAUCAGCUCAAUGCGCAGUAUCAGAAACUGAAGUGUCAAGAGGACGAGCAGCUCAAGAAUAUCAACAAGACACUCAAGGAGAUCUAUGCGGAUCGCUUGAUUUGCGAACGCCAACAUGCGGACUAUCAUAGAAACUUCAUGCACAAAAUGAUUGAGAGCAAAAAGCAGGAGGAGAAUCUGCAGGCACACAAAAGCCAGCUGAAGAGGCAGCUGGAAGUUGAGCUCAGCAGCCUGGAGCAGCGCAUCGCUGACAAGCACCGUCAGCUGCACGAGCGUACGCGCACAUGGCAAUGGCAGCGACAGCAAUACCAAUACCAGCAGCAGCAACAGCAACAGCAGCAGCAGCAGCAGCAGCAGCAGCAUCUCUCACAUCCGCAUUUCCUUCGACGUUUUCCGCCACCCGCUUAUCAGCCGCGCUUGCAGUGCUUUCAGGAUGCAUUUUCGCAGUGCUUGGACAUGCGCAUAUCGCCUAGUUCACAGCUGGAGGCACAGCGCAGACUGAUACCGCCAGCAGUUGCCUUCGUGCCGCCGCCGGUGGCAGCUAGCUCAACUGAAUGCCCGUCCCACAGCGAUAGCAACCUGCGCCGUCAGCACACGAUCGACUACAGAGCCCUCAAUCCGCAUCUGCAUCGAUCCACCUCGCAUGCCCUUGUGCAUCCUUGCAGAACAAACUAUUCAAGCUUUGCCCCUGCAACAGCCACAGGCAACAUAAUGCCAACUGCCCAUCAUUUUACGCUGCCUGAAACCUCGACCCCCGAUGGCCGAGGCCAGCUGAACCAGGCGAUCGAGCAAACUGCGAUAACCUCCAUAAUUAGCAACUACGUCUCCAACUAUCUGAACGACAUGGAGUCACACAAUUCCUAAGC